UUAAAGGGGGCUUCCAGAUUCCUAUAAGCCCUCUGCCCGCAGACCCCCAUAACCACCAGCCAGGGUUGUGGGGAAGAGGCCCUUGUCCCCAUCAACAUGGGGACAAGGUGCUUUGGGGGGGAGCCCCCCUUCCCCGAAACACCCCCCCAUGUUGAGGGCAUGUGGCCUGAUAUGGUUCAGGAAGGGGGGCGCUUGCUCGUCCCUCCCCUUUUCCUGGCCUGCCGGGCUGCAUGCUUGGAUAAGUUUCUGGGUUUGGGGGGGGGCAUGCCAUUUUUUUUUUUUUACUCUAAAUCCAUAUCAGACCUGAAGGGUUUGGUAUGGAUGGGAGGA